UGCCUUAGGUUAUAUUUUUAAGACAAAUGUCAAAUUCAGAUGACCAACCAUGUAGCCUGUGCUGUGUUAAAGGUACAACCAUAAUCUCAAAUGUCAUACGGGUAAUACUUAGAUUAAUCUAUUCUUUUAUUUACAAAUUAAAAUGUUUACUUGGCCUACUCGUACGUACAUUGUUUCAACAUUUAUGGUACAGAGUCAUGAUAUAUAGCUACAUAUGAUUGAACGUCAUUUCAUCCUGUGCUCGGUGUGUGGGGUAGUGGCAGAAACAAGCUUAAAUGGAGAAAGGAAAAAAGGUUAGAACAAUAUUUGUAUAAAUUUGGGGGACCCGAAUGAAAACAUGUAGCUUAAUCGCGUACAAAGACUCGUGUUUUUAAUCAAGGUCGGGGAUUUAGGCCGGACACCCCACAAAUCAACGUUACAUCCUUUGUAGAUACAUUUAGGCUUCUUCUAGUAUGUUUCGCGCCACGCCAAUCACAUGCUACUAGAUGCAGCGUUCAACCAAUCAGGGACGCAGAAGCUUUUUAAAUGACAGGAAGUCUCUGUUUGCUGUUAUUCGUCUGUAUUGCCAGACACCAGCGCUGAACACGGCGUGUGGUGGGUACGCGGCUAUUAGGCGACUAAUGGAUGUAUUUAUUUGCUAGCUAGCGAACUAUAGCGAAGCACAAGAAAAAAACUGCGUUUUGUAGCGUUUAACGCAAACGUGUGCAAAUACGUUUGAACUGUGGGAGACUUGAAAUGGCAAAGGGAAAAAAGAAAGUGUUGACCACCUGCAAAAGACCUGAGGAAACCCUUCAAUCCAAGAAAGUCGAUAAGCAGACAAAAGAAAAUAAACCAGAAAUGAAUGGGGAAACAGAUAAUGCUCAGCCAACUAUACAAAGUCUUUGGUGUGCCAGCAAACCCAGAUCCCCCCUGUGUGACAACUCAUGUUCUGUCAUCCAGGCUGAAAUUGUGCCUGAGGAGUUGACUCUAAAAACUGAGACAUCAAAACAAGGGAAAGGUCUGUGUACUGGUUCCCCACUACAUAACUCCGUGAGAAAAGAUCAAGUUAACGGUCAGGUUGGUGUGACCCGGCAAGGGAAAGUGGCGACCUGCCUGGUUCUGGGAUGGAGAGAAACUACUACCCUGCAGGACAGGGAGAAGGAUCCUAAAUCACACCACAACUCAGGGCCUGAAUCAGACCGCGGUGUCACCAAAUCAAAACCUGAGAGGGGGACUAGUCGAAAAGUCACUGUGAAAAAAACAGAAAGCAAAGCUGCUGAAAACAGGAAGGUCACAGAUUAUUAUCCUGUUAGACGGAGUUCCAGAAAAAGCAAAGCUGAAUUGAAGAAUGAAGAACACCAACACCUUGAUGACCUGAUCAAAAAUGGUGUAGAAGAAGGGAUACAGGUGAAACAUACAGAGGGGAAGGGAAGAGGAGUGUUUGCUGUCAGACCUUUUCAGAAGGGUCAGUAUGUAAUUGAGUAUCACGGAGACUUGUUGCAUCUGGCCGAGGCCAAGAAGAGGGAGGCUCUCUACGCCCAAGACCCUGGGACUGGCUGCUACAUGUACUAUUUCCAGUAUCUCAGCAAAACAUACUGUGUUGAUGCUACAAAAGAAACCACUCGCCUGGGAAGGCUGCUUAAUCACAGUAAAAAUGGCAACUGCCAAACCAGGCUCCAUGAUAUAGAUGGAAUACCUCAUCUCAUUCUAGUGGCAUCCAGGGACAUUGAGGCAGAGGAAGAGCUGCUUUAUGACUACGGUGACCGAAGCAAGGAAUCCAUCUUGGCUCACCCUUGGCUCAAAUACUAAUGCCUAUGCCACCAGAACCCCCCCCCCCC